AUGGCAGAAGGCUUGAGUCGGCGGCUUGAUGCGGGCAUGCAGUGCUGCAAGUAUGGAGGUUACGUAGGUUUCCUGUGCAGCAAGACGACAAGGAACCUGGCCAGGACGUGUCGUGCAACCCGGCAACUCUUUGCAAAUGGGGAUCUCGCACUUCAUGUCCGCAUUGAGACUCACCAGCUGUCGCACAUCCUCGCACGUGGAAAGCCUCGUCCGGCCAGAAGCGAGCUGUUGCUGGAAAUGGCCGCGGCCAUAAGAAGUUGUGGCCGACCUCCGCUGCUGUCACUGAAAAUCUAUGAGCCGCAGGCUUUGCGGGACUUGUUCCCCUUGAUCCUGGAGGUGUUGAACUUCUCCAAAAACCUUGAGAUACUGCAUCUGUGCGACAUCGGAAUCAGCCCGAUUCGAGCUGAGUCACCAGCUGGCGCCUUCGACGUGGACCAGGCAAAGGAUCUGGCGAACGUCUUGAAGUUUGUAGACCCUAGCGCGGCCAACGCAGGGAGGCACUUGAAAGAGCUGCGGCUGACAGCGGGCACUUGGUCCUGGGCCGCCUUAUGCAUCUUGUUUGCAAGCCUUUCCAGAAGCUCAUUGCAAGCCUUAACCUUGCGAGGAAAGUUAUCACUGAAGCCAGCUGCAGAUGCAGAUCAUGCAGCUGCACUAGUUGCAGGAGACCGUCUUGAACUUUUGCAAACUUUGCGAACUGUACGCUCCUUUUGCUGGAAGGGCUCGCGCAUUGUCGCUGCCAACACUUUGAAGAUAAUCUUCGAUGCCGUGCCAGAGGCCGAAAUCCGCUUUUCAAUGGAGUCGAGCGGAUUCUUUUCAGUGCCGUCCAAAGAGGCGGCCGAGGAGUUUGAGCUGCUGCCAAAGUUGUUGAACACCAGACGCCUGUGGGUGCGUGCGGGCACUGGCUGGAAGGAAGUACGCCCUGGUUGUGGGAUUGCUGAGGGUAGUGAAGACCGCUUGCGUUCACUCAUGAUUUUCUACGUGGCUUCAAAGCCGGGGCAUGAGCCUCCGGCGAGGCACUGGUAG